CGCAUCUGGACUGGACCACUCACGUUAUGAGCCGGUAACAACCAAGCCACUUCUGUCGGAUAUGAAGCAACAAACUACAACCACAGACCCGAGUUUACAGGUUCCUGUUUCGUCUUGACGAACCUCGGCUGACUUGACGCAGCUUGUGAAGCCGUGGCCGCACCGCAGAGAAGUUGAGCAUCCUGCAGAUCUUUAUGUUGAGAAGACCUUGCAAAGGAUCAUAUAUUCAGCUGAGUCAACUGAGCAUCGGAGUGUGUAGCAGCAAGACUGGCUGAGUUCUUCAUGAUGGCAUUCUUUAGGUCGGCAUGGCAGAGGACUUCCUCCACAGCACAUGAUAUAUCACAGCUGCAUUCUUUGAUGCCGCCGUUCUACAUUUGAUGACAACAUUCUGCAGUUAAGCAAUAUAGUAUCAGCAAAACAAGUGAAAAAUAUGAAGCCUGACAGUCAACAAAAGUGGAUAUAAUUUGAUAGGUUUCACUCACAUUAAAGUCAUUAGUCAGUUAAUGAUUUGGCUGGAACUCCGUAGCCUGGCUCAGGCAGACAUAUCCCACUUGUCUACCUGAGGCUUUCCUCCCAUUUUAUGGAGGCCUUGCAUAGUCGCCUGUCGACUGGGGAGCAGUCCGGAGGUCAAGAGCUUUGUCAACUAGAGUCUCCUCAUAGAGGCCCACGUAAGUCUCCCUCCAAGCCCCGUCAGCAACAGCAAACUGGCUCCCCGAAGCCCCAUGGCACACAAAAGCAGGCCAAACAGUCCAGAAGACCGCAUCCUGAGCGUAAACGUCUCAGGCACCAGCGGCAGAGCAUUGACUCGAAUACAUCGCCGGAACACAAACAUGAGACAACAAAACCAACUACAGCUUCUAGUUUAUCCCCGGGAGUCCUACCUUCCUCCGUAGGUGGCACCACCCAGUCUAAACCAGAAACGCAGGAGGGAACCCCAAAACAGAAACGCGAGCGUAAGCCGCAGAGACCAGGCAAAUAUGUCUGCACUUACUGUGGUCGUGCAUGUGCAAAGCCUAGUGUCCUACAGAAACAUAUUCGCUCCCACACAGGUGAAAGACCCUAUCCCUGUGCCCCAUGUGGCUUCUCUUUUAAGACCAAGAGUAACCUGUACAAACAUCGCAAAUCACAUACACACAGGGUGAAGGCAGGUCUGGUACUUGGGGAGCCGAAAUCUUUAGAGGAGCAAGUCACUGAGUCAGAAGAUGAAAGUAGACAGCGAUCAGCAUCUUCCCAUACAGAAAGACAAGGCAGUGAAGCCUCAAUCAAAAGUCAUGAAACAGACAGGGCCAAAGAUUGCACUGGAGGAAACGAUGACUCCUACGCAGUGAAAAAGAGACUGGCUCUGCGUCUGAGUAGAGGAAAACAUGGUCCUCGAGAUUUAUCUGAUGAAAAGACCUCAUCUCUAAUUUUAGGGAGUAAAGGCAGCACAGAAUCUGGCUAUUUCUCUCGUUCUGAGAGCACUGAGCAAUCACAGGACAGCCCCCCAAAUACAAGUGCCAAAAGCUAUGCUGAGAUCAUCCUGGGAAAGUAUGGACGUCUCGGACACCUGCAGAGGAUGUCUCGGCAUCAUAACCAGCAGCCCUCUGGUCCAGAGGACAAAAGCAUCCCGUUUACAGUCCCCAAGAAGCAGGUCAUUGACCAUAUCACCAAACUCAUAACUAUCAACGAGGCGGUGGUGGACACCAGUAAAAUCGACAGUGUUAAACCAAGGAGAUUCUCACUCUCCAGAAAGAAUAGUUCAGAAUCUCAAAAAAGUUCAUCUGUGAAAGAGCCGCUUAUUCAUAGCCCUAAAGCUGGAGAUCUGGGCUAUAAAAACAGUGGCUCUAUCACCAUGGGAGUUCCAUGUGAAAAAUUUCAUCAUCCAUCGCUAAACGUGGAGCAGCCAGCUGGCCAAACAUCCACGGCCCCUCUGGUGAGAAGUCACUCAAUGCCAUCUGCAGCUAGUUCAUUUGACGCCUCCGGCGUUGGCCCCAGUAAAUUCCGUCUAAGUCAGUCCUUUGAUGAACGACAGCCUUCCGAAACGCAGGCAUCCCGUCGUUAUGGGAUGCUACGACGUCAGCCAGCUAUUGAAAUCCCACUUGGUGCCGAACUUACAAAAGAGGAACAUGAGGUUUCUCAUUCAUUUUACCUUGACAGCGUAACCACUGUGCCUGACCACAAGCAAAGUCAACCUCAGCCAUAUGAGUGUGAGGCCUGUGGCACUGGAUGCAAAGAUUGGGAAGGUUAUAAGAAACACAAGCAAAGCUUGUGCUUAGCACAUCAUCCCAGAAAUGAGGUGGUAAUUAGUCAAAUGGAGUGCUCACAGUUAAUUAACCAUGCAGUCAGAGCAGGAGCUUCAGCAGUGCGCAAGAGAAGGAAAGAGGAGAGUUUUGAAUUUGAUGACCCGUCUUCUCCUUCAUUACCCUCUGACCUUUUGUCAGGACAGUGUAAAGAUGAAAACAAUGCAGCUUAUGAGGGCCCCAGGAGACCUACACUGCAAACCUGUUCAGUAAUUCAACAUACUAGUUCAUUUGAAAAACAAGAAUCUUUGUGCAGUGAGAAUCAAAGCACUGAGGCAACAAGAAACUCUCCACCUGAUGAAGAAUAUCAACUGGUGCCUCAGAAACAACCCCAGCAACAGUCGACAAAACUAACAACCCGAAAGCUGGUCCGCCAACACAGUGUGCUUGUUCCAGAAAUACUGGUCACAGAGGAUUCCAACAUGAGCACCUCGAUAGAGCCAGCCUCCACAGCAAAACAUUCAGAGAAACCUGAUGAAUUUCAGUGGCCACAGAGAAGCCCCUCUCUGGCCCAGCUCCCUAUUGAAAAGCUUCCUCCAAAGAAGAAGCGCUUACGUCUAGCUGAGGUUGCCCAGUCCUCCGGAGAAUCUAGUUAUGACUCCAUCUCCCUUCCCCGCAGCCCUAGUCAGGACAGUUGUGCAUCUUAUGCAUCCAGUCGUUCCACAUCCUUUGAAGAGUCAAAUAGGCCAGACAUGGAAAUAGCAACAUCAACACCACUGAGAAGAUCAAGAGCUCCUCACAUGUUGACUGUGCCUGGGGUGCAUCAGCACAGAGAGAUGAGGCGCUCAGCAUCUGAGCAGGCGCCUCAUGACCCACAACCAAGUGUCCUAAUGGCUGAGACCCGCAGCAAGUCUUUUGACUACAGUUGUUUGUCCCCUGAGCGCUCUGCAGUUGGCUGGAGGGAAAGAAGAAAAUGUCUCCUCAUGAGACACACUGCUAUCAGAGAUCCAGAUGAGGAGGAGGAGGAGCAAUGUGCCAUAGCGGGCCGUAGUCCUGAACAUGUCAGCACAUCUUCUCAUGCAAACCCAACUGCUGUGUACUGCAGUAAGUCCCCUACUCCUCCUUUAUCAGGUGACACAGUCUUGCAUAAUCCAGUGAAAUUACAAUGCAAAGAGAUCUUCUCUCAGUGGAAACUCAGUCAAAACAUUCAGUUAACAGGCAGCACAGAACCCUCCCUUACUCACUGCCCAUCUGCAGAUCCUGUAAAAGAAGAGGUCUCACACAUCCACACAGGGCAGCCCCCUCCUCAAGCACCACAGCCCUAUACUCCACAUGGACCAUCAGGGGCCGCCAGAGCUCGCUACCUCCCCAUGUCUACAGGGCUAAAGCUAGAGAUUCCCUUACUACAUAAUGAUUAUUCAGAGGUUCGAGUGAGUCAGUCCCAGAUCAAGCACUCUGUCCCUCACAUCACUACUAGUCUGGAAUUACUAACCCCAGUCACAUCUCCGGCAGUAGCAGUGCGUCUCCAAACAGACACCCUGACCCUAGCAUGUGCCAUAUACACCACAUUAUCUCAGUCCACCUCCCAGGGGCUCCAGGAGAAGGUUGAUGCUGUUUCACACAAUGUAGGUAUUCCAACAGCUCAAAACAGAAAGGAUUGGAACACAAAUCCAGACCUUCAGUUGUGGUCUGACAAUGGCCUGAGGAUAUCAGGCUCUGGGGGCAACAAGCGCAUGCUUUCCCCUUCAAACAGCAUAGAGAUCCCCCCUGAGUCACAGCAGCAACAGAAACGAGUCAAAGAAGAAGAGGAGAGGGAGGUGGCAUUUGUGGACAAGGCAUUGGUGGACACCUGCAAUCAGGAAAUCAAAGGGGAGAAUCAGUCAUGUCUACCCAGUGUUUGUUCUUCCAACACACAUGUUGAACCGUCGUUCCCCAGUCUGCUGUCCAGCACCUGUAAUAGCUGGUGCUAUUUGAACUACAUUAAACCAAACCCUUCUACUCUGGAUGAACAGAGGCCCUCAGUGUAUUCAUCUUGGUCCACUAGCGGCUAUGACCCCAACCCACCUGGCCUUUCCAGCAAGACAGCUCUCUCUCUGCUGCACUGUAAGCAGAGGCUCAGUCCCUCCAUCUACACCAUAUCCCCCAUGUCAGACAGGACGGCUGAGUCAAUGGAGCACGAGGACAACAAAAGACCAUACUCCACGGAGGUCUACAACAGCGAGUCGUACUGUAGAGACCUUGAGAGAAGAGGGAAGGGACAGCAGUCAGCAGAUGACAACUUGCCAAACAGAAAAGAUGAGAGGAAGGAAGAGAAGGAGGAGGAGGAGGAGGAGGAGGAGGAGGAAGUACAGUCAUGCUCCAGAAAUAAACAACCUCCCGAAGUUUGGACCUCUGAGAGAGGAUCAAAUGAGAAGUAUGCUAUCAUUCAUGGUGGAGGUGGAAGGAAGUGUCAAAGUGAGGACUGUGGAUUCCUCCUUAAAAAUACCAGUGUGCUGCAAAAGUGCACCCAUCGCAUCACAGAAUCCCCGCCAUACAACUGCGUUUCACUCAAAGCCAAAGGAAACCUCACUGACCACCUGAGAUCUGAGGCAGAAGGUGUCUGUGAAGAUAAACAAAUAGAUCAUCAGUACUCUGAUCAGGGGAAAAGACAUGAUGAGGAAGUCAAUGCUAAGGAAGAGGACGACAGACGUGAUGAAGACAGCAGGUCCGAGGCUCCUGAAAGCUCUCACGCCGCCUCCUCUGAUAGCGAGAAACCUCAUCCAGGAGGCCAGCCGAUGGAGCCCGAACCCAGCCGGUCCGUCCCGCUUCCCUCUAAGGAGUCUACCCAGAAGAGCAAUGCCAGCGCCAGGAGGGCCCUGUUCGCUCGCAGACGCCUUGACGCUUCAGCAUCGGCGUCUUCAGGAGGCUCCCUUUCUCCAAGUUCUCGACCCCUGAUUCCACGGAGGGAACCGUCACCCACGCCUCGCCAGUCCCCUGCUCCCCCUUCCUCCCUCUCACCAUCCAGUUGUCAUGUCUCCACCUCCGCUCUGAGACCAGGCUCCCCCGUUAGAGGUCUUUCUCCUGCAGUAGUUCAGUCCCAUGGAACCGAGUCCUCGGGGCCUCCAGGCUCCCUGGCAGACACCUCUGCUCAGUCUCAAGCCUGUAUUUACCCGAGACACCUACCAGCUACAGCAAGACUGUCUGUGGGUGAGGUUGGCCUGACCCAUAUCGCCCCACAUCCCACGCGGCCUCGGGGAGCUCACAACCUCCUGAGUCACCUCCCUCUGCACUCCCAGCAGCCAGGCAGAGCCCCAGGCCACCUGAUUCCCAUCGGGGGGAUACACAUGAUUCAGCCCAGGUCCCUCCUCCCUCUGUACAGCCUGGUGAGCAGCCCCACAGCGGCCACUGCUAACCCCGCAGGGUCAGGCACAACAUGGAGACUAAGUGACGCUCCAAGGGGGAGGUUUUCUCUGCUGCAGCGCCAGGAUACUCUCAAAGAGACGUCGCCCAGCAGCCGAGCCAGCCCACCGGGCCCCGAGGCGUUAGGGGGAACGCCCGGGAGCAGCCGAUCAGACGCCCUAUUGCACAGAAAGAGUCAAGGAUGCUAUGGCGUCCUACAACCAUCGAGUCCUGGGACAGAGACGAGGCGUCUGGAGGUAAACACAAACGCACAUGUUACAGAGAGGUGUGUUUACCCCGAGACCACCCAAGGCCAAAAAAAGGCUCCUUCCUCCCAGACACAACUCUGAUAGGAGGAACAAUCUGAAGGGACAGUGCAAAAGACUGAAAGUCUGAAAACCAGUCUGUUGUAAAAACACAGCACUGCUUCUGAAUGACGCUAUUAUGUAAUUAUCUGAAUAAUAUAUAUAGACACUAUGUUAAAUAUGCAGUAUGUUUUGUAAAUCUUUUUUUACCCUCUUGUUUGAUGUCAUCGGUGUUAAUUUAUUUAUGUGCUAUUAUGCAAAUUCUGUACUAUAUGCAAAAGCAGCUGGAAUGAAAAUAGACAAAGUUUUAAUCCGUUUCCUUAUGAACCCCUUUGACAGCUCUGAUAUACUAUUGCUGUGUUAAUGUACUGUAUUACCAAAAUGGAUAUAGAAAGGUACUACAAAUAUUUAUUCACCCGACCAGUAUUUUGAAGUGCAAUUUAAUGUCAAGAUUGUGGUUUGAAAUGUCAUUCUUAAAGGCUGUGAUUAUUAUUUGUCAGUUUUGUUGUUGUUGUUGCUGUUGUCUUGUUCAAAGAAGCAGGGUUACGAUCACCUCCUUUUCUAAUGUCUUUAGGGAAAGAAGUUUCAGAUCAAGACAUUUGGAGUGCACUGACAAAUAAUUUGAUAUCCAGAGGAAACCUGUUUCACGAACAUGGUAGCUACGGUACCGUUUUUUUCAUAAACAGAUACAUGUAUUUUUGUGUUGUUGCUUUUAUAAAUGAUACAAUCACUCUGUCAUUUUCAUGUUUGCCAUUAAACUUCUCAUUUUUACAG